CCCCGACCUCCAUCAGAAAUGGGGAACAUGCAGUCGGAGCCGUCCGCGGGCGGGGGCUCCCGAAAAGAGCAGGCCUCGGACCGCGCCUCUGACUCCCGCAGGACGUCCCUGGGGGAGCCCGAGGUGACCCCCUCCUCCCCGGCCAUGCGCCUGGCUCGUGGGCUGGGCGUCUGGUUCCCCAGCAGCUCUGCACCCCCGGGACUCCUGGUGUCCCCGCAGUCCCAGGCCUCACCCUCGUCCCUGCCCCUGACCUUAGAACUGCCCUCGCCAGUGACGCCCCCUGUUGAGGAGGCGCCUGCAGCCGCGGUCUCCGCACCACCCCCGGCCCCCGGGGGGACCCUGCUGCCCGCGCCGUCUAAGUGGCGAAAACCCACGGGCACCUCGGUGCCCCGGAUUCGCAGCCUGCUGGAGGCGAGCCAUCGCGGCCAGGGCGACCCUCCGAGCCUCCGCCCGCUGCCGCCGCGGCCCCGGCAGCACCCCGAAGAGGACCCCGCCCCCGCCCCGAGUGCCUCGGCUCCGUCUCCGCCGCCUUUGGAGCUAAGGAGGCCGCCACCACCGCCACCUUCCGACCGGCAACCCCACGACCGCAGAAAUACCCCCGCCCUAGCUGCGCCCGCCGCGACCCCCACGGAGCGAGAGGCCCGGAGCGAGAGCCGGCCGGCCGGCGGGGCCCGCGGAGGGGCGCCUCCCGAAGCAGGCGGGGGUGAAAUGGCCCGGCCCGCGCCUUCCGAGUCCGGCUUGAGUCUGCUGUGCAAAGUCACCUUCAAGUCCGGUCCCCCUUUGGCCCCGGCGGCUGCCUCGGGUUCCUUAGGGGCUAAAGCCUCGCUCGGCAGCCGCGGAGGAGGAGGACUCUUCCCCGCCACCUCGGGCGCCAUCUCUUACGCUGAGGUCCUGAAGCAGGGGCCCCUGGCUUCUGGGGCCACUCGCCCCUCGGGAGAGACCCCUCGGGGGUCUCAGGAAGCCGAGGGCGGUGAUGGAGAUGGCGAGGGGUGUUCUGGUCUGCCUUCAGCUCCUGCGUCCCGGGCCCGGGCCCCACCGCCGCCCUCUUACACCACCUUCCCAGGCCCCAAACCCAAGUUCGACUGGGUGCGCCCACUCGACGGCUCUGAACGCCACUUCCGCUUCAAUGGGGCUGGCGGAGUCGUCGGGCCGCCCCGACGGCGCCCUGCAGCGCUCUCUGCGCCCUGGACGGAGCCCACGCCGCCAGUGCCGGCGCCUGUGAAGGCCCGCACGCGCAGGAACAAGGGUCCCCGCGCUGCCCGGGGUGCGACCCGUGAGGAUGGCGCGCCCGGAGAGGGUCCUCGUGAACGCACCAUGGUCAACUUAACUGACGGCGGCGGUGGAGCAAAUGGUGGUGGCAAAGGUGCCCCUCCGGCAGGGGCGGCUAACUCGGGCGCUGUGCAUCACUGGCCGCCCUUCCAGGUCCUUAACUCUUGUCCCUGCAAGUGUUACUGCCGUCACCAACCACGUCAUCGCCGCCUGCCACGAAACGUGUCUGCCUGGCUGAGCACUCCCACCAACCACCUGAGCGAGCCACCAUGGGUGGCCACCAUCAAGCUGGCUGGCUCCUUGGUAGCAGGGCUGGACCACUACGACCACCCAUUCCAGCUGAGUGCAGCAGGCUCCCAGCCCUCUGUGCUCUCCCCUCCCCACCAAUAA